AUGGAUGGAGAUGUCUCUGAGAUACUGGAAGAUUUUAUAUCCGGCCCGCUUGUCACUUGGAUGGAAACCCUGGAGAGUCUGGCAGACUCAACGACUGAACAGCCCCCUACACCCUGGGAGAAGAAGAGACAAGAGGGCCACAAAGAGUAUUUUCUUCAGCUAGUUGGUGGCAACUUCCUCAUCCAUGUCAUGGAAAUAAUAGACCUGAUUCCUGGGGGGGUGCAGCCUCGUUGGAACAAGCUAAGUGAUGAGACCCAGAAGUUGCAAAUGUUACAGACCCUUCUGCAGCGGCUGCGCAGGUUCUACCAGGAUGAACUGCAACAACUGAUCCUUACAUCUCCGCCUAAUAUUUAUCUUCUGGCUAGAGAUCCCCUCACAGCACAGGGUGUCAAGGAAAUGAAGAAGCUGCUCCUGCUUUUGCUGGGAGGUGCUGUACAGUGUGAGCAACGAGAUGAGAUCAUUGGCCAUAUCCAGACGCUGGACAUCGAUACUCAGGCUGCCUUGGCUUCUGCCAUCCAAGAGGUAACCCAAGAGCCCGAGAACAUGCUGAGGCUGCAGUGGAAGGAACUGGCGCCCUUGGAGAUGGAACGGCUCCUACGAGAUUUGGUGUCCCGUAUUCGAGACUUGGUGCAUGAGCGAGAUGCAGGCUUGGAGAAAUUAUGGGAGCUGCAGCAGGGACAGCAGGAGCCACCCCAAGCUCUCCCGUCCGAGAACAACCACCAGCAUCUUGGAGUGCAACUGGCCGAAACUCGAGCCCAGGUGCGGCGUCUGCAGCAUGAACUGGAAGAGAAGAUGGAGGAGCUGCUGGAGCAACAAGAUGAAUUGAAGGAUUUGGAGGGGCAACUUCACAAGAUGCGGCAAGAGAACCGAAAACUGGCAGGGGAAGCCCGGCAGGCUGGGCUUUACCGGGAUGAAUUGGAUGCCUUCCGAGAAAAAGCAUUGAGGACAGAACGGCUUCAAGCAGAUCUCAUGGCCCUGAAAGAACGGCUGCCUGCAUUAGAGCAUUGUCGUGUCCAGCUAAAGGAGGAGCGUGAGUUUUCUCAGGCCUUGAUGGAGACCAAGGCUAUGUUGGAGGGACAGCUGGAGGCAGUUCACACCCGGGGACAACGUCUGAACCAAUUGGAGAAAGAGAAGGAGAAGCUGCAACAUUGCCUAAGCCAGGCCCAAGAGGAGCGGGACCAGCUGUACCACCAGACAGAGGAGCUGCUGACAGAAAACCUGGCUUUGGAGAGACAACUGAGGAGAAGUCUGGGGGAGCCGCUUGACUUGCUCCGGGCAGAAGAGCUGGAGUCUGACUGGGCCCCAGAUGAACCUUAUGAGGUACCUCUGUUAUUGAGCUAUGAGGUGAGAGAGGCAGGUCGGUUGCCUGCCCUGGAACGGGAGAACCAGGAGCUGCGGAGGAGGUUACAAGAGGCACUGGAUAAGGCCAACGAGCCUGGGAGCUUGGGAAGGGAGCAGAAACCCAUGGUUCGUCUACAAAGAAAGGUGGAUCCACAGGCUAAAGAGAAAGACUUCCGCGACCAUUUGCCAACGACUCAGACUCGGCAGACUGAGGAGAAGCGGAGUGAGGCUGAGGGACUGGCCUCAGAAAUGGGGAAAAGCCAGGCCCUAGAGUCAGAGACCAAGGCCUUGCUGUCAGGAAUGGAGAAAACACUGUCAGAGGCUCAGACUUCGUUGAGAGAGGCUGAGCAACAGCGGGAGGCAGAGGCCCGUCGAGCCUCGGGCCUUGAGGAAAGACUGAGGAGCCUACAGGAGGUUCAUGCCAAAGCUCUAGAAAAGCUAGAGCGAGAGCGCGAGCAGAGGGGCCAGGAGGCCGAGCGUCUGGUGGAAGAAGUCCACGCCUUGGAGCGAGAGCGGGAAACUCUACAAGCCGGAUCCCAAGCUUUGCAGGCCGCAGCUGCCCAGGCUGAGUUUGAGCUGGGUGAGGUGCGGCGCAGUCUUCAAGAGGAGCAGCUGCAGGGGGCCCGGCUGGCCCAGAAAGCUCGUCAGGCAGAGGAGGAUGUGCGUGAGGCCCAGCGGGAGCUGGAGGCCUUGCAACGCAGCCUGGAGCAGCACAAGGUGGCCCUGGCACAGCUGGAGGCAGAGAAGGGGGCUUUAGAGGAGGCACUGAGUCAAGCUGAGAGCCAGCGACGGCAGUUGGACACGGACAACCGACGCAUGAAGGCACAAACACAGGCCCAGGAAGAGGCACUGGCAGCGCAGAAUCUCCGCCUCGUCCACCUUGAGUCCCAAAGUCGGCAGCAGGUGAUGGAGCUGAGCCGCCUACAGGACAUCUCCCAACGAGUUAGUGAGCUGGAACAAGAAAAGAUUGGCCUAAAGGAGGAGCUGGAUGCCAGGUGUAAAGCAUCGACCAUCCUGGAGAAGGACCUCCAGAGGGAGAAGGCAAAGGGAAAAGAGAAUGAGACAACUUUGUCUCAGCUGAGAGAGCAGCUGUUAAGGAAAGAAGAGGGUUCCAAGGAAGAGCUAUGGACCAGGCAAUGCAACCCAAAUCAGGAGCUGCGAGAGAAACCCUCCCCUGGGAAGAAACUGGAAGAAGACAACAGCACCCUCAAGAGGCAGCUGCAGGAACUGCAUGCUCUCAACCAGCGACUAACACAUGACCUUCAGCAGGCAAAGAGCAGCUCUGUUGUCCCUCUGUCAUUGGAGGAGCCACCUGUAACCCAGAACACUGAGGGGCAGAAAGAGUCUUCUUUCCACCUGCCACCCUUCCAGGCCAACACAGAAAGUGAAGCCCUGAGUGCGAGACUCAUUGAAGUGGAACACAGGAAUGCUGCUCUCCAGGCUGAGAAACUGGUGCUCACGACACGUCUAGGCCAGCUGGAGUCACAAGUCAGCAGCCUCCAGGGGGCACUGCUAAGCCUACAGGGUCAAAGUUCGGAGGUGAAAGAAGAAAGCGGGAGAUGGCAGAAGCAGAGCAAUGAAUUGCAGGUGGAGACAGCAUCACUACGUUCCCAAAAAGCGUUACUGGACUCUCAGGCCCUGGAGAUGCGAGAGAGGCUGGCUGCCCUGGAGGCAGAAGCCCGCCAAGCCCGGCAAGAGCGGGAAGAAUGGCGGGGCCGCUAUGAAGCUCUCCUGCGGGACCAUGACCGCUUGACGGUUCUGCACGAGAGGCAGGGAGCCGACCUGGAGGGGCUGCUGGGUAAGCACGCUAGCCUCAAGGGAGCGCUGCGCAACCUGGAACAGGAGCACCGUGAACUGCAGGGCAGGCAUAGCCAGCUGCUGGGGCAGAAAGUUGGUCUGGAAGAGCGGGAGGAGGUGCUGCGGGGGCAACAGAGGAGGCUGGAGGAAUCUGAGCAGCAUCACCAGGAAUUGACAAAGCAGCACAGCCACCUGAUGGAGGAACAUGAGAGGGUGAAACAGGCACUAGCACAGACGGAACGGGCACAGGACGACCUCCAGGGAGAGCUUCGCGGCUUGCGGAACCGGAUGACGGGUUUGCAGUUGGAGCAGGCAAGGUUGGAGGCUGAGAAUGGCGCCCUGAAGGAGCAGAACCAGCAGCUGGACACGGCACUGGGACGCCUCAGCACCCAAUGUGAACUCCUGGCCCAGUUGAAGGGGAACCAGGAAGAAGAGAACCGACACCUUCUGCAGGAGAUCCAGGCCCUAAGCCGGGAGAACAGACGGCUAUUGGAGCAUAGCAUGGAGAGCCGGGAGCAUUUCCAGGAAGAGCAGCGUCAGUACCUGGACAAAUUGGGCGAGCUGCGUCGGGAGAAACAGAAACUGGUGGAGAAGAUAAUGGACCAGUAUCGAGUGCUGGAGCCAGCACUUCCUCGUGGCAAGAAAAGUAAUUGGAUCACUGAGAAAUUAAAGAAGCUGAGGAAACCUCGGCGAGAGGCCCCUCGGGAACAGCUGCGGCCCAUGGCUGAGGGAGCUGGCAGUAGUGAGAGCCUGACAGGGCAGGAAGGGACUGGAGUUGAUGGGGCAGAUUCCAGUGUUCCCAGCUCACCUUCUCCCCUACGCAAAGCCAGUAGCAUACUCAGCAUCCAGGAUGCCAAGCAGGUACACUUCCGACGGCACAGGCUGAGCUCCCGUAUGCCAGCCAUGGAAUCCGCAGGACCCAGGAAUGGAGAAGAACAUGUCACGCCUCGCCAGCGCUUCCGCCAGCGCCGACUUGGUAUGCUGGGAGGAUCCCAAGAAGAAGCGGCUGCCGCUACAGCUGAGUGGCAGAUCCCAAGACAGAUUUCUACAAGCAGCCAGGAGGAGAGAGGACCACCUCUGGGUGAAGAAGAGCAGACCUCCAAAGAGCCAGCUGUGAUCCCAGAUGUUUUAGAGCGGGAGUCGUCCAAAUCUUCCUAGCUGCCACUAUUGGAACAUCACAUGGCCAAGAUGAGGGAGCUCCCUUUUUGCAGCCCCAACAACCAACUCUAAGCAUGAGAUCUCAUUUUCAAGGACAUAUAAGAAAGAGCAUCCUUAAUGGCUGGGCUCAAGAUCCAUCUACCCCAAUACUCUGAUGUCAUAACCUGCAACACGACUUUUGGCUAAGCUGACCUCUCUGUCUAGCAUCGGCCAGAUAGAAGGCAUUGCUUCUGGGAAGCUUACAAGUUACUUGCGCAGGCAAUAGCUGCCCCCGUGGUUUGUCCUCGAACAUAUGAUACUCAGAGGUGUACUGCGUGUAAACAUGAAGGCUGUCUGUUCUCAUGGCUUAGAGCCAUUGAUAAAUCUAUCCAUCGUGAAUGUGGCUGGUCCCUUUUCCAGAGCCUUCUAAGCCAUAUUCAUCACUCCUGAGGAGGAAGCAAGCCACAUGCUUCCAGCCCUAUCAUCUUAAAGGACAAAAGAAGAGCCCUAAAAGAUGGCAUCACCUGGGUUGGAUCCAGCCAACUUUUUAUCACAGUCUCGUCAAAUGCCUUUUCAUACUACAGCUCAUGUCCUACAUGGCUUUGCCCUUUUGGUAAUCAAAGGGGAUUCCUCCCUCCUUUCUUCUUCACCCUUAGAAAAGCUGGUUGGUUCCAACCCCUGGUUUCCAACAGUGGCCAGAUGAAUCCAGGAAAUCCACAAGCAAGGCAUGAAAGCAAGUCCUCCUGUGUUGUUGGUGAAAAGCAGCUGGUAUUCAGGGGUAGAUGCUCCUGUACAUGGAGGUUCCAUUACAGUUUCAUGGCUAUUGAAAGCCGUAACCCACCCAACCCCAUCCUGUCCCUUUUGAAAACCAUCUAAGCCAGUGGCCAUCAUGUGUGAAUUUCUUAAUUCAUUUGUGGAUAUGGGCCCAAGGGUGAGGGGACAGCUUUUAAAGACCCUUCCUUAUAUUGGCAUCUUAGAAAAGUCGUCAUAAAGGGAUCUGUAUUCCCCCCCCACACACACACACCAUUAUUUCUGAGGCUGUUUGAAGCCUUCCAUUCCUCAAAAACGGGGAC